AUGAGCUUCAACAUCCACAGAAAGCGAUUGGCAUGUGUAGAAUGCACAAGACGUAAAGUCAAAUGUGACAAGAUCUUACCAUGUCGCAACUGCACCAGAAAAGGAAUAUCAUGCACUCGGCCGCGCGAGCGAGAUUCCCCGACUCCAAGCCCCAGCACUUCUCAGCCUGAGGCACGAAAUGAACGACCCAUUCUGGCACGGCCGAGCCCAAAUACUAAUGCCUCGACUCUCAUUGAGAUUCUUCAGUCUCGGGUCAACCAACUCGAAGCUGCCCUUCAAGAAGCCACUGAGGCUGCAAUACGUCCGCACAGGUCAGACUCUGACCGUUGCUCCAACCUUGAUUCGUUUUCUCCGGUAGAAUCGACGCCUGUACAUCCCUCACCCCUUUCUGUGCAAGAUGCGACACAUAAUGUAGCUGAAAAUACUUCGAAUGAGGUAGAGGACGCCGCCACUAUUCUCGAGUUCCUAGCCUGGGGCCGUCGCAAGGAUCCUACCUACCAGGAUGAGAUUGCAAGACAGAGCAAUAUAGAGCGCUCCCCUGGAGAUAUCCCCACUGGAAACGAGUGGGAAAACACCAGUAUGAAUGGCCUGUCGCCAACGGCUAUAUGUCAAACUUUGUUGCCAGUCAAGCAAAAGGUUUAUCAGUUGGUCGAGUACCAUUGUGAGAGUCUACUAUGGUACCAUGGAGCUUUCCAUGCAAGGACUUUUCGUAGGGAGUUAGAUGAGUUUUACAGAAAGGGUGAAGGGCGGAUAGAUGGGCCGGGAGUUGAUGGUCAGUGGAUCGCACUUCUAUUUGCAGUUCUAACCGGAUCAAUGACCUGUGCACCGAGGCGAAUUACCCAGUCAUGGGGCUUCCAUAGCCGCGAGCAAGACAGUCUAUCAAAACGCUGGCUUAAGGCAACUAUCGCAUGUCUCCAUCAUGCUGACUACAUGGCCUGCCACUCUAUCUCCUCUGUUGAAGCUAUUGCAACACUUACAAUAUCCGUCCAUAUGCUCGGUCACUCGAAUGGAUUCUCCGUACUACUUGCUUCGGCAGUUCGCAUAGCCCAGGGACUCGGCUUACAUCGACUCGGAAGCGAAUACGAUACCCAGCCAGCAGGUCUACUAAAUCGGGAAAUCGGCCGACGAAUAUGGUGUCAACUUUGUAUCCAAGACUGGUUCUCCAUCCCAUUUACAGAAAGCUAUUUAAUCCACCGCCUCAGUUUCAACACCCACAAGCCGCAAAACUGCGACGAUGAGAUAACAGCUCUCCCCGAAGACUACCCGACCGUCACCGGCUACUCGCGCGUGAAAUAUGAUAUAGCCGCAUUGAUGCCGGAGCUGCAGGAUGAGUUAAUAUCAUGCAAUACUCUAUAUACCCGCUACGAAGAGGUCCUUAAGUUUGACCGUCGCCUACGCACGCUGGCAACCCACCUCCCACACUAUUUGCAAAAUGUCCCAUUAGAUCCAUCCUGGCCGUGCUACGUGCCCUGGGCACGACGGAGCUUGGCAAUCAGUUCAGCUCACAAGGUGAUUAUGAUCCAUAGGAAGUUUCUCAGUCUGAGCUUCGUCAACCCUAUGUUUGAAUUCACACGAAAGACAUGCGUGGCAGCCUCGAGGACUAUUAUCAAAGAACAGAAGGAAGCAGCUCAUGAGGGUGGACCUGUGAUGUGGAUCAAUCAGGCGUUCAGCGUCACAGCGAGUGUCCCGACCACCAAUGCACCGAGCACCGCCAGCUCAUAA